AAUUUCCACCAGGUGGCCGUUCAGUCAGGAAUGCCGCAUUUUUUACGUAAAUCUUAUUUGCCGUAAAUGCAACAAGUUUUCCGUGAUUUUUCCAUCCUUGAAGCAGUAUAUUUGGACUAGCCCGGCUAAUACCACAGUCGUCAACCCAGCCCGAGAAUGAUCUUCUCCACAACUAUGCUGUCCUCUCGAGGCAGCCUCUUCGGUUCGCUGAUGAGCAAAGUCAGGCAAGUUGUAGCCAAAGAUAAUGGCAGCACAGCUCGUCCUCAACCCGCCUCCUCCAACGACCAUAGACCAUUCCCAUCCAACAGGCCCCUAGCAGCCGCCGGUUUCAGUCAGAGUCCUGUGACGCAGUCGAAGACGCUGGAGGAGCAGGUGGGCCUCCCGCCACGGCCAAAAAAGCCCCUCACCCCAUACUUCCGCUUUAUGCGCGACCAGCGUCCUAAACUCAUUGCCGCCAACCCAAAACUGUCCACCAUUGAGGCAGUGCGCCAGCUGUCCAAAAGCUGGUCGGAGGCGGACGUCAAGCUGAAGGAGCGACUGCAAACAGAGUACAAGAAGGACCAGCAGAUCUACCUCGAGCAGCGUACCAAGUAUGAUGCCACCCUCACAGAAGAGCAGCGUGCGGAAAUCAAGCAGCUGAAGCAGGACAUCGUUGAGGCCAAGGAGCGCCGACAGCUGCGAAAGCGGGUGAAGGAGCUUGGUCGACCCAAGAAGCCUGCCUCCGCUUUCCUGCGCUUCAUUGCCAGCGAGCGCACAAACACACCGCAGGGUCCUCAGCAAACGUACCGUGACUGGCACCAGAAGACCACUGCCAAGUGGUCUCGCUUCUCCGACUCUGAAAAGGAGGUCUACAUGCAGGAGUCGCGCAAGGAACUCGAAAUAUACAGGAAGGCGAUAUCUGUAUGGGAGGAGAAGAUGAUCCGCCUGGGUCACAUCGAUGUUGUGCGCCACGGCAACUUGAUCGAUCCGCCAGAACCAAAGCCCCGCAAGACGCAGGCCACCAAAGACAAAUAGAAUUAGGUCUUGGCAUCCGCCCACCCUAUGCCAUCACAAAUCAUAAUUCAUUUUGUUUUUUGGUUUUACUUCUUUCAUCGAAAAUUGUUAAUGUUAGACAUUAAAGAUAAAACGAUCGCCGGCAUACAUCUAACUUAGAUUUCCUGUUCCUGCUGAUAAUUUUACGAGAAUUAAAUUAGUCGUUUUCUGGACUAUGUAAAUAGCUUCAGCAUUUAA